AUGGCAAUAGUCCGAAGGUUUGGCUCUCCAGACUUUUUUAUCACAAUAACGUGCAGUCCAACAUGGCCAGAAUUAAAAGAAGCUGCAUGUAUUGAGCUCUCUGAUGGUUCUAAACUUCAACAGUUCGCCCAGGAAAGACCUGACAUUGUGGCUAGGGUAGCCAAAUUGAAAUUUGACAGCAUAGUUGAAGAUAUAAGUAAGAAACAGAUUUUUGGGAAGUCUUCUGCUUUUGUUUACACUAUAGAAUUUCAAAAACGAGGAUUACCCCACCUACAUCUUCUUGUCAUCAUGGCAAAUGAAGACAAACUCCGGUCUCCAGAGGAAGUAGACACUUUCAUUUCGGCAGAAAUUCCUAAUGAUGACCCAGUUCUAAGGGAGUUGGUCCUCAAAUGGAUGAUUCACAAUCCAUGUGGCGAACUUAAUCCGUCUGCAUCAUGUAUGGAGAAUAAGGGUGGAUCAGCUAAAUGCCGCUUUGGAUUCCCCAAAGCUCAUCAAGAGUUUACGUCAAUUGUUGACAACAAAAAACCGAAUUAUAAGAGACGGUAUGACCCACAACUGGAUCCAAAUAACCCAGAAUUUUCUCACGUCCAUGCGGUGUACCGCAAAAACAGUGAUGGACAAAAAGUUACACGGGACAAUAGACAUGUUGCUCCAUACAAUGGCUAUUUACUGAAGAAAUACAUGUGUCACAUAAAUAUCGAGUAUGUUGGUAGUGUUAGAGCCGUUAAGUACCUCUAUAAAUACAUUUAUAAAGGGCAUGACUGCGCAAAUAUAAAAAUUGUUGAAAAUGUGGCCCGAAUAAUGUAUAAUGAAGCAGAAACAUUUGUUGAGGCACGUUAUAUUUCGCCCCCUGAAGCAUUUUGGAGGCUGGCUGGAAAUGAAAUCCAAAGGAAAAGCCAUUCGGUGCAACGUUUGGACAUCCAUCUAGAAGGUCAGUACCGUGUGGGAAACAUGGAACAGACACAAGAAGAUGUAGCGGACACUGGCCUGAAAGGGUCCACCUUAGAGGCGUACUUUAAACACAACUCUAAACUUCACAUAGAAGAAGAGAAUGGGAAUGAAGUAAUCUACUACUUCUACUGGCAGAUGCCAGAAAAGUACAAAUGGUUAGGCAAAACAAGUGAAUGGGUGGUACGACAGCGAAGCUCAAAAACUAUUGGAAGGAUCCACACCGUGAACUUGGUGGCCCAACCUGAACUUUAUCACUUGAGAAUGCUCCUCUUUCAUACCAAAGAUGCCAAAAGUUUUGAAGACCUUAAAUUUGUAAAUGGGACUGCCUAUUCCACUUAUAAACAAGCAUGCCUGGCAAAAGGCCUUACAUAUGAUGACCAGCAAUGGAUUGAUGGGCUGCGGGAAUCCGCUUUGUCAAAGAUGCCGAGUGUCAUGAGGACACUCUUUUGUCAAAUCUUGAUUCUCGGAUCACCAGAAAACCCUAAACGUCUCUGGGAUAUGUUUAAGGACGAGUUGGCAGAAGAUUUUCUUAGAGAAGCAGAGAUUUCUGGAACUCCUCUAGAAGAUGCUUACAACAGAGCAUAUAGAAUCAUAGCUUACAAGCUAAAUACUGAAGCUACAGAAGAGAACUAUGGAAUGGAUGAUAUUAACGACUUCGAGAUGAAUGAGGAGGUUUUUAACGUAGGGCAAUCUCAUGAAAUUGGCCAUCGCCUCUACAACAACCUCAAUGAUAAACAGAAGGAAUUUGUUGAUGCUGUCAUCCAAACACUUGAUGAUGAGAGUUCAGAGGUGAUGUUUCAUGCUUUUGACAGCACUUUCCCACAAGCCUCCUUGGUGUGGGGCAGCUGGUGGAUUGAAGUUGAAUUCGAUUGA